GCCGCUCGUCCUCCGCUUCACCGACAAACGCAAGCACCUGCUGCAGCGAGUCCUGCCGCGCUGGGACCGGGUCCUGCGCACCGUCGGAGGGAGCACCUGGAAGCUCUCUGAGCGCCUCGGCCCCGACCUCGGGCCGCGCCACCAGGAGCGCGUCUUGCGGCGCUGGUCGGCCCGCACGCUCCUCAUCCACGUGGCAAACAUCGAAAAGUUCCUCGACUGGGCCUCAGAGGAGCGCCCCGGGGUCGACCACGGCAGCUUCCAGGACCACGAGGCAACGGUCGAGCUCCUCGUAAGGUAUGUCAUGGACUUGCUGGACGGGGGGGCCGCCCCCACCAUGCCCGCAGCACGGCUGCAGUCAUUGCGAUUCCUCAAUCGCGCCGCCGGGCUAGCGCCGCCGCUCCCGGCUGGCGAAGUCUGCGUCCAGCACCUCGCGCUGGCCCACGCACGCGAGGCGCCAGCGUCCGCCAGGCUGCCCGCCAUCUACACAGCAGACCAAGUCCGCAGGCUCGAGCGGGCAGCCACGACCUUGCGGAACCCGCUCUACAGGGUGGUUGUCCGCACAGAACUUCGGAAACUGUUCGCCGCACUGCGGAACGACGAUGCGGUGUGGGACAAGUUCGGGGAAUGGACACAGGAAGGCACCACGGACGCGGGCUGCCUCUACGGCACGGCAUACAAGACCAAAGCCACGGAAGCCACGGCGACGCGCCUGCGAGGAGGCAUGCCGUGGAUCGCCCCCCUGCGAGGCAUCUCCCAGCCGCCCUCAGGCUGGGCCCACGGCUAUGCAUCAGACCUCAGAGCACUUGGCCUUGCAGAGGACGCGGAGUUCGCGGUCCCCUCACCGCAACGCCUCUCCGCGGCAGCGACGCCCGGCGCGGCCGAACCCGACGAGUGGGUAGCAGCCAUGCGACGCGCCCUCAGAGCGGCAGGCCUCUCACCACGAGAGGCCAAGGGCAUCGGACUGCACUCUGCGAAGCGUACCAUCCUCACGUGGGCUGGCAGCAGUGGCAUCUUCACCGACCGCGAACUCGAGGUGCUGGGGCAUCACCGCUCCGCUGGGGUCGGCAGAGUCGUGUGCGCUUACAACGUCACGGUGUUGGCGGCGCCAGUCUCCAAGCUGCGGACAUUGCUCGAACACAUCGUGCGAGGCAACUUCAACCCAGACGCGCCAGCCGGAAUGCAGUGGCGUGAUGGCGCCCAACCUGGCAGCCAGCCCGCGGCACCAGCCGGCACCGGCACCGCGCCGGCGCCGCAGCCCACACCCGCCCGCAGCCAGGCGGCCGCACAGGUGCACGCCCUCCCAGACCACGGCCCGCCAGCCAACGAAGCUGCCCACAGCACCCAGCAACCAGAGGCGGCUGGCGCCUUGGCGAUGGGCGCCGCCGCGCCACCGCCCGCAGACGCCACUGCGGCGCCAGGCGCGGCCGCGAACAACCUAGGCGGGUGGCAGCAUCCCGUGAGCAAGCUCGGGUACCUCGUAGCCGAUUCCACCGGGCUGUGCAAGUCCGUUGCGUACUACCACGCAGCCAUCCCCGCAGUGCCGCCCUGCCCGCCCGCAGAGCGGCAGCGCUCGCGCCGGCGCAUGGAACGCCUCAUCGUCGAGACGCCGAACGGGCCCGUAACGAACCUGUGCGAUUUCGCGGUGAACCAGGCGAAGUGGUCCCUGCAGCCGCCGGGCCCCGCGUACGUCAUCUGCAAGGUCUGCAAUUCCCGCUUGCUUAGCCGAAGGUGA